UCAUUUUCGCACUGGACAGCUCCGAACUUGUAUAAAUAGCUCACUCUACAUACUCACUGCUAAUAUUCUACCACAAGCCACGGGAAAGAAUCAGUCAAGUGGAGUGUCCAUUUAACAUCGCGAAUAAAACAUGAUCAACAUAACAAAGGACGAGUUUAACAGCGCUGUAACCAAAUCAGGUUAUCCUAAACCUUCGGAGGACCAGUAUAAUUCCUUUGCAGCUGAGCUUCGAGGAAAUUGGAAACUACACAGCAAGGACUUAUUAGCCAUGUUUUUCGCAAAUGUCCUCCAUGAAAGCAGAGGACUUCAGUCGAAGCGAGAGGAAAAUCCACCCCAUGACUACAACACUGUGCAAGCCUGGUUUCAACAGGUUGACAAGGAGUUGCAGAAGCAAUAUCCACAAAACAAGUACUUUGGGCGUGGUUACCUUCAACUUUCGUGGAUUGGGAAUUAUCGCGAAGCAUCUGAAGCAAUAUUUCCCAACGACAAAUUAAAGUUGGUUAAAGAUCCGGAUCUUAUUGCCCGGGAUGAAAGCGUCGCUUGGAAGACGGCCUUUUGGUUCUGGAUGAAGAAUGUGAAUCGUCACGUUUGUUGUUUCCCCAGCUCUAUCAAGCGAAUUAAUCCGACAGAAGAGACAAAGAGCCAGAUUGAUAGUCGAAUUUCCAUAUACAAAAAAGUGGUAGAUGCAUUUGACGUGGAUGCAAUUAUGAAGAAGGAUGGAUGCAAUUGUUUGAAAGAGCUGAAAGAUAAUGCGAAAUCAUAAAGCACUUGGAAAUUUGUAAUGCAUAUAAAAUGCAGUAAAUAUUUUUUAUCAAUACUUACAAUUAUCUCAA